AUGACGCAUGCUUUUCUAAGAGAUGCAUUUUGGGGUACCAUUAUAAAUCGAUUAUCAGGUUAUAAAUGGUUUGCUCACAAAGAAGAAGAACCAGGUUAUGUGAUACCGGAAAAGUAUUUAUCAAAGCCUCAAUCAUUGAAACUGACAACAAAUAUUGCCUUUGAUAAAGAACAAAUCGAUGAAAUCAAACAAAUCGAUGAAGAUGUGAUUGAAAGUUCUAGUUCAUAUCCCAAAGCAUCCGAUGAUGAUGACCUUAUCAUCGUAACCUGGGAUGGUGAUGAUGACCCUGCAUGUCCCUAUAAUUGGCCUCUUUAUCAAAAACUCAUCUUAUUAGGUGAAGUUGCAUUCUUAGUGGUAUCCGUCUAUAUGGCAUCAGCUAUUUAUACUCCUGGUGUUGAUCAAAUCAUGUCACAAUUCAAUGUUAAUCAAACUAUCGCAACUUUACCUUUAACUACCUUUGUUGUAGGCUACGGUAUUGGCCCAAUGUUUUUAUCACCAGUUACGGAAAAUGCCGCUAUUGGUAGAACUUUAGUAUAUUCAAUCACAUUAUUCAUCUUUUUCAUCUUACAAAUUCCAACUGCCUUAUCGGCAAAUAUAACUGGUUUAUGUAUUCUUCGAUUUAUAUCAGGAUUCUUUGCAUCUCCCGCUUUAGCUACCGGUGGUGCCACCAUUGGUGAUGUCAUUACUGGUCCAUAUAUGCCAGUUGGUCUUGCCAGUUGGGCUAUUGGUGGGGUUAUGGGUCCUUCGUUAGGUCCAUUGAUCGGUGCUGUCUUAGUUGUCAGAGGUGGUCAUGAUGGUUACGAAUCUUGGAGAUGGCCAUUCUGGUUCAUGGCUAUAAUUAGUGGUACCUGUUUCUUAGUAUUAGGUUGGGCCUUGCCUGAAACUUAUGGUAAGGCUCUACUUUAUAGAAAAGCUGAAAGAUUAAGAAGAAUCACCGGUAAUAAAAAUAUCACAAGUGAAGGUCAUAUUGAAAAUUCAAAAUUAACUCCAAGAGAAUUAGCCAUUGAUACUUUAUACAGACCAUUUCAAAUCACUCUCAUUGAACCAAUGGUUUUAGCCUCCAAUCUUUACAUUGCCUUAGCUUAUUCCGUGAUGUAUAUUUGGUUUGAAGCUUUCCCAAUUGUAUUUGUCGAAAUCCAUCAUUUUACAUUAGUGGAAAUGGGUGUCACCUAUGUUAGUAUUAUGGUUGGUAUUGGAAUUGGUGCUGGUAUUUAUGUUCCAUACAUGUAUUUCAACUACACCAAGAAAGUUUUACAAGGACAAACAUUCACUCCUGAACAUUUCUUACCUAUGGCAAUCUUCGGAGCUAUCUGUAUGCCAGUUGGGAUCUUUAUAUUUGCAUGGACUUCAUCUCCUGACAUUCAUUGGAUUGGUCCUUUAUUUGGAGGUGGGAUUUUUUCAUGUGGUGCAUUCAUUAUUUUCCAAACUUUAUUUGCAUAUUUAGGUUCUUCAUUCCCAAGAUAUUUAGCAUCAGUAUUUGCUAGUAAUGCAUUAUUCAGAUCAGAUAUAGCUGGUUGUUUCCCAUUAAUUGGUAAACCUUUAUUCACAAAUUUAGGUUCAGAAAAGUAUCCCGUGGGUUGGGGUUCAUCAGUACUAGGUUUUAUUGCUGUGGUUAUGAUUAUAAUCCCAGUGUUCUUCUAUGUACGUGGACCUCAAUUACGAGCAAGAUCAAGAUAUGCCAAUUAG